AUGUUUAACCAUGGUGAUAUCGAUGAACAAAAGAUUGUGAAGGGAAAAGUUGUGUUGAUGAAGAAGAACGUUUUGGACUUCAGCGACUUCAAUGCGUCUCUUACCGAUAAAAUCAAUGAGUUCUUUGGACAGAAAGUCUCUAUUCAACUAGUUAGCUCUCUUCACACUGAUCCUUCAGACAAAGGGAGAUUAUGCAAAGAAGCAUAUUUGGAUAAUUGGAUCAGCUCAUCCACUUCUAUAGCAGCUGGGGAUUCAGUUUUUGAUGUGGUUUUUGAAUGGGAUGUGAAGAAAAUGGGCUGUCCUGGUGCUUUCAUAAUUAGAAACAAUCACUCCAAUGAAUUCUACCUCAAAUCUCUCACCCUUGAUCAUGUUCCUGCCCAUGGCAAAGUCCAUUUUGUUUGCAAUUCAUGGGUCUAUCCCAAGGAAAAGUACGCAGCCGAUCGCGUGUUUUUCACAAAUCAGGCAUAUCUUCCAUAUCAGACUCCGGUUGCACUUUUGAGUCUUAGAGAGGAUGAAUUGAAGAGUUUGAGAGGAGAUGGAACCGAUAAAACUAAGGAACUUGAAGAAUGGGAUAGAAUUUAUGACUAUGCCUACUAUAAUGACCUCGGAAAUCCUGAUAAGGGCGAGGAAUAUGCUCGCCCGAUACUCGGGGGUUCGUCCGAAUACCCAUAUCCUCGGAGAGGGAGAACUAGCCGUCCUCCAACAAAGAUAGGUAACUUUCCCAAUCCAUAUAAUGCUAACACUGAGAGUAGGUCAACCUCAGACAUUUAUGUUCCAAGAGAUGAGAGAUUUGGACACUUAAAGAUGUCUGACUUCUUGGCUUAUGCACUGAAAUCCUUGGGACAGUUCUUCUUGCCCGGAUUUGAGUCUCUUUGCGACAAAACUCCAAAUGAGUUUGACACGAUCCAAGACACUUUUGAUUUGUACGAGGGAGGCUUUAAGUUGCCCGAUGGACUUGACGAUAUUUACAAAUACAUUCCCUUGGAAAUGCUCAAGGAACUCUUGAGGACAGAUGGUGAAGGCAUAUUUAGGUUUCCUACUCCUCAAGUCAUCCAAGAGGACAAGUCAGCUUGGAGGACAGAUGAAGAAUUCGCUAGAGAAAUGUUGGCCGGAACGAAUCCUGUUAUAAUCAGUUUGCUCAAUGAAUUCCCUCCCAAAAGUAAGCUAAAUCCUUCUCAAUAUGGAAACCAAAACAGCACCAUCAAAAAAGAACAUAUCUUGUCUAAUCUAGAUGGAUUAUUAGUAGAAGAGGCAAUGGAUCAAAAUAUGAUUUUCAUAUUAGACCACCAUGAUAGUUUGAUGCCCUACUUGAGGAGAAUGAAUACAACCAAUACAAAGACAUAUGCUUCAAGGACUCUUCUUGUCCUUAGAAAAGAUGGGACUUUGAUGCCAUUAGCCAUUGAACUAAGCCUGCCUAACCCUAAAGGAGAUGAAUAUGGUGCCAUAAGCAAAGUCUUCACCCCAACACAACAUGGUGUAGAAGGCUCAAUUUGGCAACUUGCUAAAGCCUAUGUCACGGUUAACGACUCCGGUGUUCAUCAACUCAUCAGUCACUGGUUAAACACACAUGCAGUGGUUGAGCCAUUUGUGAUUGCGACAAACCGGCAACUGAGCAUACUUCAUCCCAUACAAAAGUUGUUGGAACCUCAUUUUCGUGACACGAUGAACAUAAAUGCAAUGGGAAGGAACUCAUUAAUCAACGCGGAUGGAGUUAUCGAGAAUACAUUUUUCUCUUCCAAGUAUUCCAUGGAGUUGUCUUCCUUGGUUUACAAGAAUUGGGUUUUCACAGAUCAUUCCCUCCCCACAGACCUUAUUAAGAGGGGGAUUGCGGUUAAGGAUGCGAAAGUAAAACACGGUCUUCGCCUACUAAUAGAGGAUUAUCCAUACGCAGUUGAUGGGCUAGAGAUAUGGUUUGCGAUUAAGACAUGGGUAGAGGAUUACUGCGCCUUCUAUUACAAGAAUGAUGAGACGGUUAAAAAUGACAAUGAGCUCCAAGAAUGGUGGAGGGAGAUAAAGGAAGUUGGCCACGGAGACAAGAAGAAUGAACCAUGGUGGUCUAAAAUGGAAACAAGGAAAGAUUUAUUCGAGACAUGCACAAUCAUUAUAUGGGUGACAUCUGCCCUUCAUUCAGCUGUGAAUUUCGGGCAAUACAUAUAUGGCGGUUACCAUGCUAACCGGCCCACACUUAGCCGAAAGCUAAUGCCCGAAGUGGGUACUCUUGAAUUUGAGGAAUUGAAGACAAAUCCCGACAAGAUUCUAUUGAAAACAUUAAGUUCUAAACUCCAAACUCUUCUCUUAGUGGCUCACAUUGAGAUCUUGUCGAGACAUUCGUCUGACGAGGUCUAUCUCGGGCAGAGAGACACGCCCGAGUGGACCAAUGAUGUCGAGCCACUUGAAGCCUUUAAAAGGUUUGGAAAAAAGUUGGAAGAAAUUGAGAAAAAUAUCAUUGAGAUGAACAAUGACAAGAGUCUCAAGAAUAGACGUGGAGCAGUGCAAAUUCCUUAUACUUUGUUAUUUCCAACCAGCCAAAGCGGGCUCACUGGAAAAGGAAUAUCAAAUAGUAUUUCUAUUUGAAUUCAAGCUUGCACUAAUCU